AUGAAGACUACGUUUGAGAGUAGUCAGGCGGAGAUGAAGAAGCUUAUCAUGGAUCAACUUGCGACCGUGAUAAGUUUGUUACAAAAGCAACCAUCACAGCCAGCAGAGGAUGAACGUCGUCGGUAUAAUUCUGGUUCUGAAGAUGACGUGUACCCUGAAGAUUGGGAACCCAACGUAGACGAGGUUCCUUCUACUCCAACGGAUGCCAUUAUUAUGGCCAUCGGAGAUACGCAGUCUCAGGAUGUGCAACAGUUGGAUGGGCCACCAGCUGGAGUGGAAUUUGUGAGGAGGGCAAAACGGAAGCCAGUGUAUUUGAAGGACUACACAGCGGGGAAGAAGAAACAACGAACUGGUCCUGUUGAGGUUGAUACUUUGAGGCCAGCAAACCCACGACUGUACAAAUUUUUCAAAAGGUGGAUUACUUACUCGAGGGACAACUGCCGUCCUAGAGAAGUGCACACUGGCAUUGCCGAUCGAAGUUGGUUCGUGAAGUUGAUGGUGGAGCACGAAUGGAUCGACGAUUCUCAAAUUGAUGCCAUAUUCCACUUGUUGAGAAGAAGGAGGAAGCUCUUCCCUAAGGUGUACACUACGAAUUGUGUGGUUCUGGACACAUAUGCUCCACAAAUAUUUUCAAUGUACUGGAAUUGUCAUGAUGGUGACAGAAGCACAUUUAUCUGGGAUGAGUCAAUUAUUGAUUAUGUGAGGGGGAAGGAGCAUCGGCACUUGCCUUGUUGGGAGAACCAGGAGUACAUCUACUUCACAUUGAACCUUCCUGCUGAGAAGCAUUGGGUGGCUGUUGAGGUAGAUAUUGAGAAUUGGCAAAUUGUUGUAUAUGACUGUGAUAUCGGCGCCACGACUGAGGACAAUAUGAAGUCAUAUUUGAAGCCUUAUACCGAGAUAUUUGCAUCCUUAUUGCGGGCUUCUGGUUAUUUUAAGACCAACAGUUAUGUAUUUCCGGUUGAAACAGGUGAUCUCAGCCAGCUCCCACCAAUGCAUUAUAAACGAGCUACUCCGGAAGUUGUACCACAAGCGGAAAGCAGUGGCGAUUGUGGAAUAUAUGCCAUUGAAUACGUGGAGCACCGAAUGUUGGAUCUGCCGUUUGAGAAAGUUAACGAUGAUAACAUGCUCACCUUUAGACAUAGGUGGUGUGUUGACUUAUUUUACCAGAAUGUAUAA